CGAAUGACGAUGAGAAGCGCUGUAAAAGCCGGAAGCGUAUUCAUUGGGCGAGGAGGCUAACCAUUUGAAAAGGAUUCAGGGAAAUAUGGCAGAAGCAGAGCAGAAACAAGAGGUGGAGGGAGACCACGAAGAUGACCCUAACUACAAGCCCCCAGCACAAAAAUCUGUGCAAGAAAUUCUCCAGGCUGACCAAGAAGAUGAGAGUCUACGCAAAUAUAAGGAAUCCCUACUAGGGGGUGCUGCCAAAAAAGUUAAUCCUCCAUUUCCUGAGGACCCACGUAAUGUAAUAGUUUCCAAAUUGUCCCUGGUAGUAGAGGGCCGAACAGACAAAGAGUUGGACCUUACAGGAGAUCUAUCUAAACUUAAAGAACAAGUGUUCACAAUCAAAGAAGGGGCUACCUACAGAAUGAAAGUGUCAUUCUACGUACAGCGGGAAAUAGUCUCGGGACUAAGAUAUGAACAAAAAACAUCUAGGAAAGGAAUUCAAGUUGACAAAUCUAAGUUCAUGGUUGGUAGUUACGGCCCUAGUGAAAAGGCCCACGAAUACCUAACUCCUAAAGACGAAGCGCCAUCUGGGAUGCUGGUACGAGGGACAUACACUGUAGAAAGCAAGUUUACAGAUGAUGAUAAAAAUUCAAUUCUGGAGUGGAAGUGGAAAUUCGAAAUUAAGAAAGAAUGGGAUGAUUAAUCCUAGAUAUAUAUUCCAUAGAUGUAGAUCACUCACUGCAAUAUAUUGUGGCCUUUAUUUGAUGAGAAGUGCGAUGAACAUGAUAGAAUUUUUGUUUUGGAAAUGCUUUUUUGAAUUUGUAAUGGAUAUGAUAAUUAACAACUGAAAGUUAUGAAGAAAUUUGAUUACUGUAGUCUUGCCUCACAGAAAAAGCCCACCUGAAAAGUUUAACAUGUGAUUGAAGUUAAUUGACACAUACUAACUAACUUAUUACUUAUUUGAUAUUUGAUAUUAGAGCUAAAAGUUUGAAAGUCAUCACUUAAAAUAUCUCCAGUGCCAAUGCUUUAUUCUUUAAUUAGCAUAAACUGUUCUGAUAGACCUGUAUAUCCACUGAUAUGCAUUAUGCUAUCCUAGUCUCAGUUUGAAUGUAGCCAGAAUUUUAACUGGUAUUUAAAAUAUAGCCUUGUAUUUACAAUUGCUUCAUUAGUAUUUUGUAUACUCUUUUUAUAUCUUUGUAAAUAAGUGUGGAGCAUUCAAGGUUAAUGCUAACAUGCUGACCUCUUUACACUUAAUAGUUUUGGUGCCUCUUCCUCUGUAUCUUGUUUGUUUAUAGACAGCUAAUUUUGAGAUGUUUUAGUGCAAUUAUUAUUUUUUUUGGUGCAUUUAAAUAUAUGGGUGUCAAAAGAGGAAACAGUUGUAGAAAGAAGAAAUCAGAUCCCCCCCCCCCCUCCCCUAAAAUUCAAUAUUUUUUUGUUUAUAUACUGAAUAGCUACAUGGAUUUUACAUGUAGUAGGCUUUAUACACAAAUGAGUGCAUUUCUAUAGGUCUUAAUCUCGUGAAAUUAGAAUACAGUAAUUGCAUAGUACUGCAGGUCAGGGGAAAGUCCUGGUAGGAAAAUUACACAUAUGUUAAAAUAUUAGUUUAUAGUUUUGAAACUUGUGUAUAUUUUAAAGCAAACAAUUUUUCUUUUUACUCUGGGAAAUUUCUGCAAGAAUUCCAACUGCUGCAUCUGCAUCAGAAAUGUAUGCAAGAUUUAUGACUGCUUUGCGCCACUGAGCAAGUAUUUAGAUUACAACCAGUUCUUUCUACCAUGAAAAUAACAACUGCCUUUCACCUGAGUCUUUUGCCUUUCACCUGAGUCUGUUAGUUGUCAUGAGCAAGGUACACAAAAUGAGUUCAAUAUAUGGAAACUCAAACAUGAGUAUAAAUAAUUUAUACCAAAAGAUACUCUAUUGCUAAUAAACAAAUGACAGUUGCUUUAACAAUUUUGCAUGUAUGGUACAUGAUGUAUAACCUAUUGUGUAUCCCCGUUAGUGUUUAGUAUAAUACCUAGUGCUUGUGUUGAUGCCUGUAUAAGAUGAUGCUGCAUGCUCUAUGCAAAUUGAGGUCUGUUGAGAGGGAGAUAUUGUGAGGGUGGUCACACCUUCUUAUUGUCUUGUUUCUCAUAUCAUAUACUGUAAUAUAACUGUCACUUAAUAAACGUGUACAUCAAUCUUAA